AUGGCGGGCUUCUUCACGUGGUUGUGGGACUGGCUAUUAUGGAUGUUCUGGGCGACCGAAAUGGACGUUACGAUAGUUGGUCUGCAAAACGCAGGCAAGACUAGUUUGGUCAGGGUUCUAGCAGGAAACGAAUUUGCUGUCGACUCGUUGCCCACGGUCGCUUUCAAUAAGAAGGAAGUGAAAAAGGGCCAUGUCUCUAUCAAAUGCUGGGACCUUGGAGGUCAGCCACGAUUUCGGUCAAUGUGGGAGAGGUAUUGUCGUGGGGUCAAUGCCAUUAUCUUUGUGGUCGACGCGGCCGACCGAGAUGCUGUCCCUGUUGCGAAGGAGGAACUGCACGCUCUCCUGGAGAGGCCGACUCUAGAAGGGAUUCCCCUUCUCGUCCUGGGUAACAAAUCGGAUCUGCCCAACAAAUUGUCCGUGGACGAACUCAUCGAUCAACUGGAUUUGAAGAGGAUUGUGCACCGAGAGAUCAGCUGUUACGGGGUCAGCGCCAAAGAAGAGACCAACCUGGAGGCCGUUCUACAGUGGCUUGUGGCGCGAGCAGGGAAAUAA